AUGGCCACUGUGCUUCUCAAUACCUUCGUUUUAGCUUUAACUCUGAGUAUUCCAACUUUUAUAAACCCAGAAAAUGUGAACGUGCAAGAGAAGUUCUUCUUAAGUUCAAUGGGUCUCUCGAGUCGACCGAAACCUUCACACCCUGCUCCAGUGCCCUCUCGGAUGUGGAGGAUGUUUAAGAAGGGCACCAAACAGACUUCAACGUCUGAGACCAAUCCAUGUGUGGUGUCAGAGUAUGGAGUCAGAGGAAACAUUGUGAGGUUAAUCCAGGAUCAAGGUAGUGUGAUCUCUGCACCGACCGUCCACUGCUUUAACUGUGUGAGAAAGCAUCUGUUUUUCAACAUGUCAGUGCUGGACGAAGUUGAGCAACUCUCGUUUGCGCAGCUGGAAGUGAAGUUCAAACACUAUCUCGCUCACCUGGGACGGCAUGCUUUCAGUAUGGACCUGUACAAGGUUUUAAGGACGACACUAAAAGGAGUGACUCACGAAUCCAGCCGUAAAUUACUGCUCUCUCAGACGCUUGCGUAUGGUGCACAGAGCUCUUUGUAUUUUAAUUUGACCAAGUUAGCCGAAUCCUGGAGAAAACCAGGCAAGAACUUCGGGAUGCAGCUUGAGUUGCAGCUCACAGACUUGAGCAACGUGCUUGAAGAACAUACUUUUGAUGUGAUGGCCGUUCAUAUUUCACAAGUCCCAGAGUUCUGCACAUCUCUCGUGGUGGUGUCGUUGAAUCCACUCCAGUGUAGAUCCAGAAGAAAGCGAAGUGCUUCUUACUUGACGGUGACGCCCAGUAAUGUGUGCAAAGCCAGAAGGCUUUACAUUGACUUCAGAGACGUUGGAUGGCAGGACUGGAUUAUUGCACCUCAGGGCUAUUUGGCCAAUUAUUGUCAAGGAGAAUGUCCUUUUCCUUUGAGUGAGAGUUUGAACGGAACCAACCAUGCCAUCCUGCAGACUCUGGUUCAUUCAUUUGAUCCAAAAGGAACCCCUCAGCCCUGCUGUGUUCCCAUCAGGUUAUCGGCCAUAUCUAUGCUGUAUUAUGAUAAUAAUGAUAAUGUAGUUCUGAGACAUUAUGAAGACAUGGUGGUGGAUGAGUGUGGAUGCAGAUGA